AGCUCUGCAAGGAGGUGGAGAGGAAGCUGCGGGAAACGAGAGAGAUCCUGAAUGAGCUACCCGAAGAAUUGCAGGGGGACCCAGUGACUGUGGUUCUUAAUCUGACUGCAAAUUUCCAGAAAGAUGUUGCCAUCCUCGUACAAGGCCGACCUGAAGAUGGAGAGAGUGGACUAUUGCAAAAGUUUAGACAACACAAAGGUGCUUUCCGGGAGGCAAUUUUUCAACAAGCCCCACAAUUCAAGCCAUUUAGGCGUCCUUCAGAUAUAACGGAGGAUGAACCUUUAGAGCCCAUUGACACUGAAACUGAGCCCAUGGAAAAUGGUGGCACGGAAGACCUCGAACCAUCAGGAAGAAGAGAUUCAUCUAGCUUUGUAUACAUCGACGAGGUCCUCAAGAUAGCGGAGAG